AUGAUGGAUAAAACCACUCCAGAACCCAACACGGAUUCAUCUGUGGCAAACAGCAGUAAGUCACAGUUUGUGCACUUUGAAUCCUGCCAGCCAUCUCUCCUUCUAUUCUUGUUGCUCAUCAUAGCGUAUGCUGUGGUCAUGCUGGUCGGACUUCUGGGCAACCUUUACCUAAUUGUCAUCAUCAAGAAACAAAAACAAAGUCAAAAUGUGACCAACGUUUUGAUUGCCAAUCUUUCCGUAUCUGACAUCGUCAUUUGUGUCAUGUGCAUUCCUUUUACAGUUGCAUAUACCUGGAUGGAUUACUGGGUUUUUGGGGAGGCUAUGUGUAAAAUAACUGCUUUUGCGCAAAGUAUGUCUGUCUCCGUUUCUACAUCUUCACUUGUGUUAAUUGCAGUUGAGAGGCAUCAGUUAAUCGUGAACCCCCGUGGUUGGAAGCCCAAUGUUUCACAUGCGUUCUGGGGAAUUGUCUUCAUUUGGGCAUUUUCUCUAAUAAUAUCCACUCCUUUCUUGAUAUUCUAUCAAGUCUCUGAUGAUCCCCUAAAAAAUCUCUCUUCUCUUGGUGAGAGCUACGUCAGCAAAAUGAUCUGCUUUGAGGUGUGGCCGUCCAUUGAAGGGCAGCUAGGCUUCACCACCACCAUGUUAGUUUUCCAGUACUUCCUUCCACUAGGGUUCAUUUUCAUUUGUUACCUAAAAAUAUUUGUGUACCUGCAGAGGCGGUACAGUAGAGUGGAUAAGGUAAGGGAGAAUGGGAGCAGGCUAAAUGAAAGCAGGAGGAUUAAUGUUAUUUUAGUUUCAAUUGUUGUGACCUUUGGCGCCUGCUGGUUGCCUCUGCACAUAUUUAACAUUGUGUUUGACUGGAAUUAUGAAACCUUGAUGCAUUGCCACCACAACGUGGUCUUUACUUUGUGCCAUUUGAUAGCCAUGAUCUCCACGUGUGUCAAUCCUAUCUUUUAUGGAUUCCUCAACAAGAAUUUUCAGAAAGAUGCGGUUGUUUUGCUUCACCACCUCAGAUGCUUUGAAUCUCAAAAGUUAUAUGAGAACAUUGCCCUUUCAACUCUGAACACUGAUAUGUCCAAGGGAUCUCUGAAACUCAGCAGCAUGCCUGAAAACCUCUGA